CACACGCGUACCUUCAGAGCAGUAUAGCCCUUCUGGAGAAAAACAAUGAUUAAGGAUCGGAUGCAUCAUCUUUUGACUUGGAGGUAAAACUUAAAGGUAAAGAGUGUCUCCUCCAAAGAAAAUCACCAAUCGCUGUGCAAACCCUCCCUGGUAAAGUGGCUGCUCAGAACACCCCAGUCACUCCUCCACCAUCUGCACGUGGAUCAGGGCACAGGAUUUGAAACCCCGGUCAUUUUUCCUCCCCGGUGAGCAAAUUCCCAAGCCACCUCUCCAGAGCUGGAGGUGCUCCGAAAACACACAAACAUUUUAAUGCGAAGACAACGUGCGCCCUCCCAACGGGAGCAGAUCCUGCGUUCCAAAGGGUAACAGAGGGAGAAAAAGCAAACAGAAAUGAAUGGAAUGACCAAACUUCUAAAACAUUGAAGCUGAAUAUCAAGCCUCUCCCUCCCACCCCGCAGCAAACAGCACAAACCUAACCAGCUUUAGACCCCAACUCUGGGAACCCUCCCUGCCAGAGGCAUCCUGAGGCCUGUGUAACUGAACGUGUAUGGAUUUGCCUUGCCAUCAGCAGACACGGCUGUUGUCAGCCAAUAAAAGGCUCAUUACUCAAUGGAUUAAGGUAGAACGUGGACCUUCGGCGCUCAAAAUGUGGCACCAGGCCACCAAAAGACAUGCCCAGAUGGAAGGCUCCUUUUAGAGCUUCUCUAAAAUGUCUCCAUCUGGAUCAACAGGAGGGCGAGGCUGAUGAGUCAGAAGGCAGAGGAGUGUGGAGCAAAGCAACACUGGAUUUGGUGUCAAGAAGUCUGGACUGAAGUGCCUGCCCCACCACUAACUGGAUGGCCUUGACAGUGGUGCCACCUCUCUGAACUUCAGUAUCCUCGUCUCUGAAGUGCACAUUGUCAUCCCGGCCCCUGGGUCAUUGACAGAAUUGAUAUAUGGCUAGAAUGAGAUAAGUGUGCCGGUCCAACAAAAGCCCCUGGGUCUGUUUGACUUGUUCAAGUGUCCACUGUGGAAGGAUUUGGGGAACCUGAAAAUACUUUGUACAGAUAACAUUUUUUUUUUAAAAAGAAGAAAAGUAGAAGCACUUAAAUUCUGCACUUGAAGAGACAGAUUCCUCUCCUAGAUUUUGAGAGGUAUGUGAAUGGCCAUGCAAAAAAACAUUAUGAAGAUGCACAAAUACCCUUAACCAACCAUAAGAAAUCAGAAAAGCAAGAAAAAGCUCAGCACACAGUGUGUAUGGAUUGCAGUAGCUACAGUACAUACUGUUAUCGCUGUGAUGAUUUUGUGGUUAAUGACACCAAGCUGGGACUGGUACAGAAAGUCAGAGAACACUUACAGAACUUGGAAAACUCAGCUUUCACAGCUGACAGGCAUAGGAAAAGAAAACUUUUGGAAAACUCAUCACUGAACAGCAAGUUACUAAAAGUAAAUGGAAGCACCACUGCCAUUUGUGCCACAGGCCUUCGGAAUUUGGGGAACACAUGUUUCAUGAACGCCAUCCUUCAGUCACUCAGUAACAUUGAGCAGUUUUGCUGUUAUUUCAAAGAACUGCCUGCAGUGGAGUUGAGGAAUGGGAAGACAGCAGGAAGGCGAACGUACCACACCAGGAGCCAGGGAGACAACAACGUGUCUUUGGUGGAAGAGUUUAGAAAGACACUCUGUGCUUUAUGGCAAGGUAGCCAGACUGCAUUUAGCCCAGAGUCCUUAUUUUAUGUUGUUUGGAAGAUUAUGCCGAAUUUUAGGGGCUAUCAGCAGCAGGAUGCCCAUGAGUUCAUGCGCUACCUGUUAGACCACCUGCACUUGGAACUGCAAGGCGGUUUCAACGGUAUUUCCCGCUCAUCAAUUCUGCAAGAGAAUUCUACUCUGUCUGCAAGUAACAAAUGUUGCAUAAAUGGAGCAUCUACAGUUGUCACAGCUAUCUUCGGAGGCAUUCUCCAAAAUGAGGUUAAUUGCCUCAUAUGUGGAACAGAAUCUAGAAAGUUUGAUCCAUUCCUAGACCUUUCAUUAGAUAUUCCAAGUCAGUUCAGAAAUAAGCGCUCUAAGAAUCAAGAAAAUGGGCCAGUUUGUUCAUUACGAGAUUGUCUUCGCAGUUUCACCGACUUAGAAGAACUUGAUGAGACAGAAUUAUAUAUGUGCCACAAGUGCAAGAAGAAACAAAAGUCCACUAAAAAGUUUUGGAUUCAAAAACUACCCAAGGUGCUAUGCUUACAUUUGAAAAGAUUUCAUUGGACAGCAUAUUUAAGAAACAAAGUUGAUACAUAUGUAGAAUUUCCUCUGAGAGGCCUAGACAUGAAAUGCUACUUACUAGAGCCUGAGAACAGUGGCCCGGAGAACUGCCUGUACGACCUCGCUGCUGUGGUGGUGCACCAUGGUUCUGGGGUCGGUUCUGGACAUUACACAGCAUACGCAACUCACGAAGGUCGCUGGUUCCAUUUCAAUGACAGUACUGUAACACUGACUGAUGAAGACACCGUUGUGAAGGCCAAGGCCUACAUCCUUUUUUAUGUGGAACGCCAGGCCAAAGCUGGAUCGGAUAAACUUUAAUACCUCCUCCAAAUCAUUAUUCGUCAACUAUACCGGACAAACAUUUCCAAUUUUCCAUAAAUACUUGAUUCAAGGUUUAAUUUCAUUAUGCACUUUUCAGUUUCCUAUUUUGGGUUUAGUUUUAUUUUGUCAGUGGUAGUGACUUAUUGAACAUGGGCACCAACUAAUUUUUUUUUUUUUAGUUCUACCAGAAAACCUCAGCAGAUAUUCUGAUUUGCUGCUUUAGUUGUAAUAAUUCAGUUUUUAUAUGUAGUUUCAAGAACUUAGUUCUAUUUGACUUUUUUAUAUUAAUGUUCAGUUCUCACUUUGAGGCACAUUUACAUCAAUGCAUUGUUACUCUCACAUGCUGAAAGCAAGAUGCGUUCCUGAUUGUGAAGAGCAACGUCACCGCCUGCUGCCUUCUCACAGCUGUAACGGAGAUCACGUUGGCUCUAAAUCAAGGAUCAUGUGUGCACGUAAUUUGUGGCCCACAAGAUUUCAGUGACUGCUCAGUAAUCAUUCUUUUUCCUUGUAAAAGAUAACUGAAAGGGCAUCAUUAAGUAGACCAGGUAAUUGCUGCUCUUGGUAUCUCUCAAAGCUGCUGUUUAUCAGCACUAACUAAAUAAAUUUGUUGGUUCAGUUGUA